AUGAAUAACACAACAGAUAUGGACCCUGAAAAGGCCUUCUGGGUCGAGCCAUGGGACUAUAGCAUACAAAACUUCUUCGUGGCAAUUAUAGGGCUGGCCAUGUUUCUUGUACUAGUAGCCUUCCUGUGGAAAUGCUGUGACUGGGUAGAAGAAAGGCCGAACUCGAACAUUCCCAAACAAGGUUUUCCAAUGACGCCGAUUUAUGCACAUGAACUGGAACCUGGACUCGUUGUUCUUCAGAGUCAGGACGGUGAAUUCUUUAGAAUACUUCAAGAAUGUGAUUCCAAAAAUUUGAAUAAUGGACGCACCAAUCCUGCAGCUGCACGCGCGAAUCCUCCAAUAGGGGAGACAACGAUUCAGUAUAUUCCUCAAUAUACCCGAGCACAUUACCAAAACCAACCAUCAGCGCCACCUCCUAGACCUGAUACGGACUGUUUGAUUGACGUACCAGUUCCUACCACGCCCCCUGUUCCUCCUCCAUAUUCCCAGUAUUAG